CGCCAUCCGAGUCCCUCGGUGGGGCCCCGCGUCUGGCUCGACGAGUCCCUCCUAAACCCUAGCUUCUCGGGGGAGACGGCCAUCACUGCUUCUCGAUCCAAGAUGGAGGUCUUUCUCACCUGCUUCCAAGAUCGCGGCGAGGCUAGGGAAAUGGUGGAUGAAGUCAACAACUGGUUCGAUGGACUACCUCUACUUCCUUCCUACUCAGCUAUCGGAGCAGAUACUCGGCUGCUCGUUCUGAAUGCUCUCACUUUCAAGGCGUCGCGGGCUGAUAAAUUCUAUCCCUUGAAAGCCAAGAACAGACACUCCGGGUUCUAUAGACUCAACCGCGUCCCGUUUACUGUGUCUUUCAUGACGACCAAUUCUCGACAGUGCAUCGGGUGCUAUGACGGGUUCAAGGUCCUCCGGCUUCCUUUCAAGAGAGGAUGCGGCCCGAGGAUCUUUGCCAUGUAUGUUUUCCUGCCAGAUGCACAAGAUGCUCUCUGGGAUUUGGAGGGGAAGCUGGGUUCGGAUGCAGGGUUCAUGGGUAGACACAUUCCUUUGGAGAUGGUGGAUGUCGGUGAGUUCAGGGUCCCCUUUGGAACUGGAGGGACGGACUUCACUAAAGGAAUGGGGUUAGUUUGGCCUCCAAUUAGGAAUAAAGAUCGUUGGACUUGUGAUGGGUAUAUGUUGUCGAGGAUUUCUCUCAGGCUUGAGGAUGUAAAGGGAAGUAGUCGAGGAGGUGAAGGUGGGAGCCAGGAUAAAUCUACAAGGCAGGUCGGUGCUAUUGACUUUGUUGCUGAUCACCCAUUCGUGUGUGUGAUUCGAGAUGAUGUAAGCGGAGUUGUGAUGGCUGCCGCGCAUGUGCUUGAUCCGUUUGCGCGAUGGUGAAUCAUUUGGAAGUUUGAAGCCAGUGGUGAAGGUUACUUUGGUGGAGAUCGACUGGUUACAGUUCUUGAUGAAGACGACCUACUUUCUUUCUGUGCUGAAGACGACCUACUUUCUUUCAGUUCUUGCUGAAGACGGCCUACAGUUCUUGCUGAAGAUCGUCUGGUUACAGUUCUCGCUGAAGAUCGACUGAUUACAGUUUUUCCUGACCCAAAACUUACAGGGUUUCCGCCGCUUCCGCUUCCGCUUCCACUUCUGCUCCUCGCAGAGACAUUCAGAGCGAGGGAUUGAGUAAAGAGUUUUUUUUAUUUCAGGGGAGGGUGUUUCACCCAUUUUCCUCCAAAUAUAAACUUGUUGAUCUUGUCAAAUUUCUACUCCAUUUACUUUCACACAAUGGACAACCGUUCACUUCCUCUCCGAAAAAGGAAAUACUUGCACUAUUUGAGGAUGGAGAUAGUACCGCCUUCCGUGAGGAACGUACACUAUACAAGGCUGGAGAUGGCACCGAUAUCGAUGGUGAUCGUGGUGAUGGUAACUCAGAAGAAAAUGAAGCUGUUGGUGCUACUUCCCAGGAUUCACUAGAGCACGAUGAAAUGACACAAUUGCUUUCCUUGAUGUCCUUAAGGAAGAUCUUUGUGUCAUACCACCAGUACACCUAUCAGCAUCAGAAGCAGGGGAAAGGGAAUAUAUAUACAUGCAUUGUUUUGAACCCCCUCUUAAAAAAACACAUACACAACAAAAAAAGAAAAAGAAAAAAAGAAAUUAAUAUCAAUAGUUUGUUUCACCUUGUAGGAAGGCCUGUGAUUUACACUCAUUUUGGAGAAAGAUGGAGUGUACGGUUGACUGUUCUUGAAGGUUGAUCUGUAUGACUGCAGAUGAUUGGGAAGUUCUAAAGACUUGUACUAUGUUAGCUACAAUUGCAGAAAAUUUGCAAGAACAUCUUAUGCUUGGAAGGAACCAAUCGUAUUUUGAUUCUGUCCACUAGGCCUGUCACCAAUGGGAGAGACAUGUCGAGGGACCCUAUGCUGUUGUCAAGAGGUUGGAGAGAGCGAUUCAAGUUCUUCAAGCGGAGAAUGUAAAACUGAAAGCGGAGAAAAUAGAGCUGCUUGAGAGAUUAAUUCCCGCCCGGCGCGUGUAGCUUUGCUAAUGCAGGGUGAGCAUUUUUUUUAUGGUUUCAACGAAACUAGACAUAAUAAAAAGUAGUAGCGUGACGCUUUCUCGUUUUGUUCUGAUCUGUAAGUACUUCGACUUACAUGAUUGCUGAUGGAAAUCUUCUAUUGUAUUGUAUUAUUACAUAUUAUCAGCGUCUAUUGUGUUGUAGUACUGCAUUAAAUGUAGUAGUGUGACACUUUCUUAUUUUUUUCUUCUGAUGAUCAUGUACUUUUGACUUCCAUGGUUGCUGAGGGACAUCUAUUGUAUUGUAUUACUACAUACUAUGAGCUUCUAUUGUAUUAUAUUAUUACAUAAAAUAUAGUAGCAUGAUACUUCCUCAUUUUGUUCUGAUUUGCAAGUACUUUGACUUACAUAAUUGUUGAGGAAAAUAUUCUAUUAUAUUGUAUUAUUACAUAUUAUCAGCAUCUAUUGUAUUGUAUUGUAUUAAUGCAUUAAAUGUAGUAGUGUGAAGCUUAUAUUAUGUAGUAAUAAAAUGUAACAGAAGCUUAUAAUAUGUAGUAAUACAAUACAAUAGAUAAUUUUCCUUAACAAUUAUGUAAGUCAAAGUACUUAAAAAUCAGAACAAAAUGAGGAAGUGUCACGCUACUACAUUUUAUGUAGUAAUACAAUACAAUAGAAGCUCAUAAUAUGUAGUAAUACAAUACAAUAGAUGUCCCUCAGCAACCAUGUAAGCCAAAAGUACAUGAUCAUCGGAAAAAAAUGAGGAAGUGUCACACUACUACAUUUAAUGCAGUAAUACAACACAAUAGAUGCUGAUAAUAUGUAGUAAUACAAUAGAAUAUUUCCCUCAGCAAUCAUGUAAGUCAAAAUACUUACAGAUCAGAACAAAACGAGAGAAAGUGUCACGCUACUACUUUUUACUAUGUUUAGUUUCGUUGAAACCAUAAGAAAAAUGCCUAGCCUAUCACUGCAUUAGCAAAGCUACAUGCGCUGGGCGGGAAUUAGUCUCUCAAGCAGCUCUUUUUUCUCCGCUUUCAGUUUUAUAUUCUCCGCUUGAAGAACUUAAACCGCUCUCCAACCUCUUGACAACAGCAUAGGGUCCCUCGACAUGUUUCUCUCAUUGGUGAUAGGCCCAGCGGACAUAAUUAAAAUACGAUUGCUACCUUCUAGGCAUAAGAUGUUCUUGUAAUUUUUUUGUAAUUGUGGCUAACCUAGUAUAAGACUUUAGAACUUCCUCUGUAGUCAUACAGAUCGACCUCAAAGGACAGUCAACCGUGCUCAUUCAUAUUUCUCCAAGCUGAGUGUACAUACAUGUCUUUGUAUAAUAUGAAACAAACUAUUGAUAUUAAAUUUUUUUUUUUUUGAAUAUGGACCAAUAUUUUGUAAUAAAGGUUAGGCAGCUGGCCUGUAAAAUUGUGCUGACAGAAACUUUGUAGUAAUUUGCAUACUGCUGCUAGUUUUUACAUCACUUGAUUUUAGAUGGGGCAUUAUCUUA